AUGAAUCUUCCGAAGCCAACCAAAGAGAAAGAUUCAGCAACAGCAAGUUCAUCAGGACAAGUUACAUUUGCCGGUAUUAAAUCAGCAAGCAAAAAAGAAGUGCGAGAACGACGAAUCAGAGCAGAAGUGGAUAUCAAUCGCGAAAUUCAAAAUUGUCGAGAUGAACAAUCUGAACGAUUUGACUUGAGUAAAAGUAGUGUUACUGUCUUACCCAAUACCAUUAAAGAUUUAACACAUGUUCGUGAACUCUAUUUGUACAGUAAUCGAAUUCAACAAUUACCACCAGAGAUUGGCAAUCUUGUCAAUUUAAAAGUAUUGGCACUCAGUGAAAAUUCAUUAACUACUUUACCAGAUUCGAUGGAUCGUUUAGUACAACUAAAAGUAUUAGAUCUAAGACAUAAUAAAUUUGCUGACAUUCCUGAAGUUAUUUAUCGUAUAACAAGUAUAACAACACUGUAUCUUCGAUUUAAUAGAAUUAAAGAAGUAUCAGAACAAAUUCGAAAUCUUUCCAAUCUUCAAAUGUUGAGCCUACGUGAAAAUAAAAUCCGUUGUCUUCCACCCACUGUCGGAUUACUUGUACAAUUAUUAACGUUGGAUGUAGCACAUAAUCAUCUUGAACAUUUACCAAAUGAAAUAGGAAAUUGUUCAAAUUUAACAACAUUAGAUUUAACUCACAAUGAAUUAAUUGAUUUACCAGAAUUGAUAGGAAAUUUAAAAAAUCUUAGUCGAUUAUUGAUAAGAUAUAAUCGUCUAUCGGCCAUUCCACAAUCAUUAGCAAAUUGUUCGAAAUUAGAUGAGUUUAAUAUUGAAGGAAAUAAUGUAUCUCAAUUGCCCGAGGGUCUUUUGUCCAGUCUUGUUCAUUUAAAUACAAUAUCCUUAGCUCGAAAUAAUUUUAAUUCAUUUCCAUUGGGUGGACCAACACAAUUUACAUCGGUUCAUUCUAUUAAUAUGGAAUGUAACUCAAUCGAUAAAAUUCCAUUUUCUAUAUUUUCACUAGCAAAAUAUUUAUCAAAGUUAAAUAUGCGUGAAAAUGCGUUAACAUCAUUGCCAUUAGAUAUUGGGAGUUGGACAGCUAUGGUUGAAUUGAAUUUAGCCACAAAUCAAUUGACUGUUAUACCUGAAGAUGUUAAAAAUUUACAAAAUCUUGAAGUUUUAAUUAUGAGCAAUAAUCAUUUAAAAAGAAUUCCACCAUCGUUAGGUCAAUUAAGAAAAUUGAGACAUUUAGAUUUAGAAGAAAAUAAAUUGGAUUCUUUACCUCAGGAAAUUGGUUAUCUGAGAGAAUUGACAAGACUUAUUGUCGCUUCGAAUCAGUUAACACAAUUACCACGAUCAGUGGGAUCAUUGACAAAUCUAACACAUUUGAAUGUUGGUGAAAAUAAUUUAACUACAUUACCAGAAGAUAUAGGUCAAUUAGAAAAAUUAGAACAAUUGUAUAUAAAUGAUAACCAAAAUUUAGAUGUAUUACCCUAUGAAUUAGCAUUGUGUACAAAUUUACAAAUAAUGAGUAUUGAAAAUUGUCCAUUAAGAAGUCUCCCACAAGAAAUUGUCGCUGGUGGACCAUCUCUUGUUAUACAGUUUCUCAAAGUUCAAGGACCAUUCAAUUUAAAUUAA